GAGUCUGCCUGUUGGUGUAGUGAGAGACAGGCUCACACAUCUCACUGAUUUAUCCAGGUCAGAUGAUAGCAAGAAAGAGCUACAAAUGGGCUGCAGUGCAAACAUUUGAUUGGAGAUGUUUUGAAGAAAAGACACAGUUACUAUUAGGAAAAUCUAAAGGAGGGUUCACAACAGGUAUCACCACUGUUGACUCCACCCCCACCCCACCCCUUCCACCUUCCUGGGUUCGAACAGCAGCGAGGACGCACAUAAAAAGAGAGGGAGAGAGAGAGAGAGCAGCAUCCUCCACACAGAGAGAGCAACAGACGAAUCUGUCCAGCAGCUGCAGAAUCAGAGACCUUCAUCUUCCUCAUCCUCCAUCAAACCUCCAGAGGCUCUCUGUCAGCUGAUUGGCCUCCUCCAACAUGCUCCGCCCUCUGCUCCUCCUGUCUGCUCUCAUCGGGCUGGCAGGUGCUCAGGAGACGGUUAGUGAUUCUUCAGUGUUGGACAUCAGCUCAUUUCCCAUCACGUUUUAUGGACAGAAGUACGAAAAACUCUAUGUGAACAUCAACAGUGAAACAUUUACAGUCUGUUUCAACAACUAUUUCACCCUUGAAAAGAGCCAGGACUGUAUUGUGGGGCCUCCAGUCGAUGAAGGCUCAGUUAAAUUCGAUACAACUUCACCAGAUACUACUUCGAACCAAAUGAUCCGUGACGCUCUGCCAACAAUUAAGUCUGAUCUAAAAGGCUUUGUGGAAUUUUUUGUUUCUUACGAAGGCUCAAAAAUUCAAAUGUUACUCGGUGAUUAUGGGACACAAGCAGUUCUGGUUUUUCUCAACACACAUUUACUGAAAAGUGUAAAGGUGUUUAAUGUUGUGGUCAGUGGUGAAACAGUCUCUACACUGAAUAUUAAGGGACGUCCUUCAUAUAACGACAUCAGCGGAUGCAGACACUCAGGUGUUCUGUAUAAACCUGGUGCAGUGAUGAGCUCAGACCCAGAAACCUGCUCCAGUCUUGUCUGUAGUGAGACUGCAGUCUCCACGUCCACUGGCUGUCGCCCCACGGAGCGUUGUGCCGGCAACAACAUCUGCAUUCUUGACUCCAUCUGCACUGUGACCGGCCCCACUGUCAUCGACUUUCUCGGCCAAGUUAACUCUGUCGACGAUCGGUGUGCGUACUCUCUGAUGUCGGGUUCUUCAGUCCCAGACUUAAACGUGCUGGCGAACUUCCAGGAACGCCGUCGUAAAGAUGUGAGCCUUUUGGACAGUGUGACACUGCGACUGAACAAGACGGGUGUUCACAUUCAGCUGGAACAAGGCGGGAGAGUUCAGGUGGACAACAGCGUGCUGACUCUCAACAGCUCGGCUCAGCUAGUUAAGGGAGUGGAGCUCUCUAAGGAUCAAACUGGAGUCACUGCCAAGUUGUUGAUCUCAGGCUACAAUACUACUGUCUUCUUUGAUGGCAACACGGCCCAGAUCCGCUUCACAGGACCUGCUGGAAAAGAUCCAUCUCUGCAGGGUUUGUGUGGCAACUCCAGCAGUUCUUUGAGUGAAGCGAGGCUCCCUCAGUACAGUGCCAGCAAUCAGAGCAGGGGAACAGUCCUGACCCUGUGUUGUGUGUCGCCCCCUAGCUGUACGAUGCAGUACACUGACACUGCUGACAGUACGAUCAACUGCAACACGUCGACUGAACGCUGUAAUCUCCUGAAGGAGGCGCCCUUCACCACCUGUCACAGCCACACCGACCCAACGCCCUACAUAACUGCCUGCACUGAAACUUUGUGCAAUUAUCCUGCAGUGGACGGUCUCAACUGUCAGUUCCUGGAGGCUUACGCCAGAGUCUGCAGCCUGCGCAGCAACGACAAACUGGUGGACUGGAGGUCAAAGGCCGGAUGCUCCCCCCCUCAGGUCUUCUGUCAGGACAGGAUCUGCAGUGCUCACGAGUUCUGUGCUGAGAAGACGGUCGGUGGUGAACACAGCUGCUUGUGUCGGGCCAUUUUUGCCUCCCCGUACAGACUGACAGGCACUUUCGGUGAGCCGACGGUCUGCGACAAGAACUCUGGUUCAGUUACUCUGGUCGGUUGUCUCCUGGAGGAAAAAGGCAUCGACUUCUCGUCCUUACACCUCAAUAACCAGACCUGCACGGGUCAGAUGAACGAGCUGACCCACAUGUUGACCUUCAACUUUGACAGCAGCAACACCUGUGGGACGGUGGCCACGGCCGAAAACAACCAACUAAUCUACAAGAACACCAUCACGACCCAGAACAGCUCCUCUGACAACAUCGUCCGCCACAACCAAGUCUACAUCGACUUCUCCUGCUUCUACACUCUGCCAGACAUCAAGACUAUGGCCUUCAAAAUCAAAGACAGCUCUGUGAUCCAGCAGAUUGUAUCUGGAGCUUGGAAUUACACUUUGAGCAUAAAGGCCUACACUGACGCCGGCCUCACACAAGCUGUGGAGUUGAGCACUGAAGUCCAGCUGGACCAGAAGAUCUGGGUGGAGAUGAAGACUGACGGGCUGGAUGCUGGCUUGGUCGCCGUGGUGACCGACUCCUGCUGGGCGACCAAUCAGGCAUCGCCCAAUGGGAGUCUGAGAUACGACCUGAUCACGAAAGGCUGUGCGAACCCCGCUGACCAGACGGUGAAGGUGGUGGGAAACGGACUGGGAACGUCCAACUACUUCUCCUUCAACAUGUUCUCGUUCCCCAGGAGCUCUGGUGACAUCUACCUGCACUGCAAACUCAACCUGUGUGGCAGACAGAACAAGAGCUGUGCCCCGAGUUGUAACAGAGCUCAUCGGAGACGCAGAUCUGCCAGGAUGAAAUAUGAAAACGAAGCCCCAGCCUUCAUUACCAUGGCGUGGACUAAUUAGGUUGUUUCCACGGUGACUCGGACCGACUGACAGGCUGUCGACCUUCACAAUGAUUCCUGACUUUUGCUUCGUCCUGAUCCAGAGCCUGGGUGUGUGAAUCCUUUGGUUUUAGAACGACACAUUAAGAUUUAACCUUUUUUUUUGUGCUGAAAUAUGAAACUAUAAAAACACUAUCAAAACUAUAAGGUGACGGGAAGUGUGUGUGGGGAAACUUGGGAUUAAUUAUAAUUCAUGUUAUUUGUUCUAUAGUAUAUCUAUACUCCAACCAAUAACAAUAAUCAGAUAUUAUCAGGGAUUAAUAAUGAUUAUUAAUGAUUAAGUGUCGUCUGCAUAUUAGAGUCGGUGAGAGGAAUAAGAUGAGUAUUUUGGAGCAGUCCGGUGGACACCACAGUAUAACUUUAAGGCCCUUUAUAUUUACUUUUUCAUUCUUUUUGGAGACAGCAGUUUUUGUCAGCUUGUGCCUGUAGCAUGAUAUCAGUUCAUCACAUCAAUUUGAUCCAUGGUUGAUAAGAGAAGCUUUGCUACAAUAAGGUGCAGAUGUCCACUCUGAGGAAACAAUGAAUUCAGUGCAAACACAGCAUCAACACGUUCAUUCAAAGCUGUGUAGCCUCACUGCACCAACAAUCUAAACACCAGAUUGGAUCCUGCUGUCACUCUCAAAGUGACUGACGGGUUUUAUAAGCUGCAACUCAGGACAACAACUAAAACUAAACUAAAACUAUGUCUGAAUUGUUUUUAAUAAUGCGGAACCUUUGGAAGGAAACAUUGGUU